UUGACACAUUUGGUUGCCAAUGGGAAGGGAGCACUGGAAUCUGCUCGCACUGAGCGCCAAGGCGUAUCCAUUGAGAAAAAUCUGCGGUCGCGUUUUGAUUCGAAGAUCUGCGGGGAAUGUAGGUGUGGAAAACAGGGUGAAGACUUUUGUAACAUGGACUGCUUUUAUGACCAGCAGGUCCCUUUUGUGGUACCAGAGAAUGGAAACAAGCGAUGUCUUGGUGACAGGAAAAGGAAGUUCAUGGAUGCUGGUUUAGAUCAAGACACAGAGGGUAUGGCCACAAUGUUUACUUCCCAAAAAUCUGAAGAACUUUUCCAAGAUCUCAGCCAGCUUCAGGAAAUCUGGAUAGCGGAAGGUUUAGGGACAUCUCAGAAUCCUGAUGAUGAACAGUUUGUUCCAGAUUUCCAGUCCAGUAACCCGAUGUUUCAAGCGCCACCGGUCGGCAAAGUGAAGCGAGAGUCCAGCCCAACCAAAGAUCUGUGCUCCAUCAGGAUGCGUGAGAUGGAAAUGCGCCUUUAUAACAACAGUGCCUGGGACAGGAAAGCAUCGGAGCUGACAUGUACCUCUGCGCUUGGCACCAACCCCCUGACUGGACCCGUGCCCCAGGAGCAGCAGCGUGCAAGGCAGGUGUCCAGCUGCCUCACCCACCACCACCACCACCACAUGUCACAGCGCAAUCAAAGCCAUCAGUUUGCAUUGCCACAGCCUCCCAUCAGCUGCGCCACUGCAGCUUUCAGUUCAGAGCAGAGGUCCUUUCUACCGAGAACAGCAAACAUGCCCUACCCUUCCGACUCAAGCACCGCGGGCCACCGGUUGUAUCAGCGGCACCUGUCAGAGCCUCUGGUUCCGGUCGGUGGUGAAACUGUUUACAAACAGGAGAUGGCGAAGCCCCACUACUCCGAGGCAGGGUCCUGUGGUUCUAAUGGGAUGGCCUUCAAACACAUCACCAUCAAAGAAGAGCCAAGGGACUUUGGCUUUGACGCAGAUGUUCAAACCUGCCAGUCCUUCAGUAAAACACCAGUCUUGUUCCCGCAUGGUGGUGCAGGUUUUGGUCAUGAUUCAGAAGCACGCUUCUACCACGAUGAUGCUUGUGUUGUGCCAGACAGACUGGAGGGUAAAGUAAAGCAUGAUGGUUUGCCUUACCAGCGCCGUGGUUCUCUACAGCUGUGGCAGUUCCUCCUCACGCUUUUGGACAACCCGGCCAAUGCCCAUCUAAUUGUGUGGACAGGGCAUAAUAUGGAGUUCAAACUUAUUGACUGUGAAGAGGUGGCCCGGCUCUGGGGCAUCCAGAAGAACCGACCUGCCAUGAACUACGACAAGCUGAGCCGCUCGCUGAGGUACUACUAUGAGAAGGGCCUCAUGCAGAAGGUUGCUGGGGAGAGAUACGUCUAUAAGUUUGUGUGCAACCCCGAGGCCCUCUUCUCCUUGGCUUUCCUAGACAAACAGAGGCCCAGUCUGAAGUCUGAUCCUGACGCCCUUCCCGCCAGUGAGGAGGAGGUCUUAACUCUGCCCCCCCACGAGGAGGAGGGUCCUUACUUGACCGAUGGAGGCGAGCAGUGCAUUCAGGGACGGGUCUUCCCCGAAUGCUGUCUGUAAUAGUCUACAAAAUGGCGAUGUGGGAUUUGUAACAUUUAAAAUUGAAAAAUGAACAUCAUUUGGUACAUUCGAGCUCACAGAAAUGCCAAUGAUGUUUCACUCAUAUCUUUCAGCCAGCAACCCAGGAAGACGUACACUGUGCAGGGUAGAAUCAUGAUUUUACCUUAGACCAGGACAUUAUUAGGGAAAAUGUAGUCCAACAGAAGUGGUACGAUUAUACCAAAAACACAUUUUUCCAAGCCUUGCAGCACCUUAAACCUGCCUGAAAGGGACAUGCUCCUCAUCCGCUUAUAAAUUUCUGUAUUGAAAUGUUGUUUUUCUUUUUGAAAGCUAAUACUUUAGUCAUUAUAUGAACUUGCAAGUUUUUCGGUAGAACUGUUUUAAUAAAAAGUGUAGCCCGUAUUUUUGACACCGACUUUAAUGCUACUAAACGAGAAUUUCUUACAGUCGCCUUCAAUGUGUCUUUGAGUAGUCUCAGUCUUCGAAACACGGUACAGUUGACCCCUAUACACUUGUGGUUUGGCACUCGCGGCUUUGCAGGUUUGAAGAAUUCUCCCCAAUAUUAUUUGAAAUAUAUAUUUUUCUUUCCCCAGUGUAUUUCCCUCGCAAAUAGUGAGGAUUGAUUGUAUAAUUCUGGAUAUGAAUACGUAUAUUUUUGCAAAAGACUGAUUUGCACAGUUUCACUUAAUGUGUCACGGACCAAUGUCUUUCUUUGCAGAUUACUCAUGUUUCUUGUGUGGGCUCACUGCAGGAGAGUAAUGGCCUUCACAUGCUGUACAUGUGCCUUCUGUCAAUCUUCAAUGAUACAAUAAACAUUUUUACUCUUA